AUGGCGAGUGUGCCGUUGCCUUUGCUUAUCGAUGCCGAGAAGAGACAAACUCAGGCGAUGGUUCUUCUCUUUAUUGUAGAGAGGCUCUGGCGAGAAAAACACACAGAAAAAGCACCAGCAGCAGCAGCAGCAGCAGCAGCAGCAGCAGCAGCAGCAGCAGCAGCAGCAGCAGCAGCAGCAGCAGCACAAGCAGCACCACUACCACCACAACCACCAGUAGCAGCAGCAGCAAUGAAGACAGCAGCAGCAGCAGCGGUGAUGUUAGCAUCAGUGGCAACAGCAGCACCGGCAGCAACAGCAGCGAUGGCAGCAGCAGCAGCACCGAAAGCAGCAGCACCGAUGGCAGCAGCAGCAACACUGAAAGCAGCAGCAGCGGUGACAGCAGCAGCAGCAGCAGCAGCACUGAAGGCAGCAGCACUGACACCGACAGCAGCACUGACACCGGCAGCAUUGAGACCGGCAGCAGCGACGGCAGCAGCAGCAGCAGCAACAGCAGCAGCAGCAGCAGCAGCACUGACACCGGCAGCGGCGACAGCAGCAGCAGCAGCAGCAGCAGCACUGACACGGGUAGCAGCGAGAGCAGCAGCAACGAAGUGA